GCGGACGAGCCUAACCCAUUGAGGAAUUCGAAGCAAGAGGCUCGGACGACACAGCUGGAGACAGGCUGUCAGCAACAAAGUCCCAUUCACUUAUUCCCCUAACUACGGCCUCGCUUUCUCUCUCCUUCUUCCUCUUCCUCUUCCUCAUUCUCUCACUGUCUGCAUCUUCAUAUCUACUUUACAACCAGUUUUAAGGGUUUCUGGAUCCCUUUCUCGAUUCUCCGUUUCGUCUUCCGUCGUCGUCGGAUCAAGAUCCUUCUCUUUGUUCUUGGAUCAAAUAAUUAAAGUUUGAGCUAAAGCUUGAAGGUUAGUUGCUGAAACAGCAGUCUAAAUCUGAAAUUUGUAAGUUUUGAAUUGGCUAAUGCUUGACAUAGAUGGAUCUGGUAGAUUGGCAAGAAGAUACAUGAGUUCUGUUGAUAAUGCUGCUUAUUCAUCUUCUCACAUAGUUAAUCUUAGUAUCAUCCAGUAUUAAUUCAGUAAUAGCUUCUGAAAAUAAGUCUCAGAAGGUCGAAGGUCGCUUGUACACUAUCAGAGGAUCCUUUGUAUCCAUGCUGGCAGAGAGCAUGCGUGGAAUCUGUGUUUCGGGUAAUGCCCCUGACGAGAUAUUCUGCCGAAGCAUUUGGUGUGUUGACAAUUUGUCUAGUUGCUCUGUUGAUUCUUCUUGGUUUGUUGUGUAUCGCAUACUCGAUUUACUUGCGUUCACGUGUUCUUAGACUAGGAUUUAUUCAGCUCAGUUAUUUCAGUGGUCCUUGGAUCAUCCGAAUUACAUUCAUUUUGUUAGCCAUCUGGUGGGGUUUUGGUGAAAUUGUACGGCUAAAUUUUCUAAGACGGCAAGGAAGAGUGUUUAAUACACUCAAUUUGAAAUGGCAAGAAAACGUCUGCAAAUUUUACAUUGUUUCAAAUUUAGGUUUUGCAGAACCUUGCCUCUUCCUCACUCUGGUGUUUCUUCUUCGGGCACCUUUACAGAAUAUGGACACUGGAAUACUAAGCAGAAAAUGGAAUGGGAAAACAGCAGGCUAUGUUCUUCUCUACUGCAUCCCUGUGUUUGUUCUUCAACUCAUUCUUAUUUUGAUUGGACCGGAGUUACGCAAGGAUAGGAGAGAAUUACCGCCAUAUUUCACAAGAACAGCUACUACUCCAGUGAUGCAAAAUUCUGCUGAUGACAUCGCUCUCUGCACUUACCCUUUACUGAAUACUAUUCUUCUUGGGCUUUUUGCCACCGUUUUGACUGCCUACUUGUGUUGGCUUGGAAUGCGGAUUUUGAAAUUGGUUAUCAAUAAGGGUUUGCAGAAGAGAGUUUACACAUUAAUUUUCUCAGUUUCAAGUUUCCUUCCAUUAAGGGUUCUUUUACUUGGUUUAUCUGUUUUAUCUAAACCAGAGCAAUUUCUGUUUGAAGCUCUUGCAUUCUCAGCUUUUGUUGUCCUGCUAUGUUGUGCUGGGGUCUGUAUUUGCGUGCUUGUAUACUGUCCAGUUGCGGAUUGUCUAGCUCUGGGGAAUCUUCAUAACUUCGAGGUUAGGAGAAGGGUUGUUCUUGAUGAUCAGAAUGACACUGUUUCUCUUAUCGCUAAUCAGAGCCAUAUUGAAGGAAGUGUUGGUAUUAGCCCUGAGAGGAAUUCUGAUGUCUCUACUAAGCGUGGAUCGAUUUCUUUUCGGACUUUCGAAAAAGAUGGGACCUCGACUGGGGCAUUCGUGGAACUGAGCCUCUUCUCUCCUAGCAGAGAUGUAACCCCACCAGGAUCACCACCGCUUCUGGGCUGGCCAAUGCGGCCUCCAACGCAUGUUCAUGGACCCUAAAAGUAAUCAAGAAACUGAGUAGUUGUGGUGAAUAUCAAUUUUGUGGUAAAGAAAACUGAUUGUAAAGGAUUUAGCUUCAAAAUAAGGAUCUUUAUUCUUGUUUUGUUUUCGUAAAUUUAGAUAUGAUGGUUUUGCUUGAUGGAAUUUAUAAUUCGAAUACCCCUUUUGUAACAUUCUUAUAACCUGUUUUUAUCUGCACCAAUGCUUUUAAAAUUGUGGUUUAUUUUGCUAGGUCGAAAUUGAAGGUUGAAUGGUAUAACGUCAAAAUCGUGCAAUUCUUUUCUGCCUUUUCUCAUGCAAUUCUUUUAUGGUGGUGACCAAGCUUGUUUUAUGACGCCCUGCCUCAUUUUCUUUUCUAAGGACAAUGUCUGCCCUGACUCAUUUUAAAGUUCAAUUUUGAAAAAGAAAUGUGUAGAAGAAUAUUCUUAAUGGACUAAGGUGUCGUAGGGGUUACGUAAGGAGGAUUCAGCAUAAAAAAGAUUAAAAAAAGUAGGUCUUUUAAUUCCACUUUUUCUAGGUGAACUCUGGUCUGGCAUUCCAUUGCCAGCUUAACAUUGCUUUGUUUGGAGCUGGUCUUUGAUGAAUAUGAGCUGGUCAUUGCCUAAUAAUAGGCACCGUUGUUUGUAUUUCUUUUUUGGGGCCCAAAAUUUAAGCAAUAAGGUCAAAGUUCAAGAUUUGACUAAGAAGAUGGGCAUUAUGGUCAUUCCGAUAUUCAAUUGUCGAUUUGUCUUAACGUGAGGCGUCGGUGCGUGCUUCGUGUGCGUUGGUUUAUUACAUUUACAGAAAUUCUAGCAGCAGUUGAUGUAGCAAACGCUUUUGUACACUCGAAUUUAACAGCGCCACAUAAGGCGUGUUUUUAAAGCUAAAACUGGUUACUGAUUAAACUGGAAAAAUUUUAUAAUGAAAUUAUGAGCCUUAACACCAAAACUUUCUUCUUUUCUCUUUGCUUCCCUUUACAUUCUUGCUUAUGUUUUUCUUUUCAUUUUUUAGCAACUUACCUUAGACUUAAUAACUUACUCGGAUGAAUUUGUUUCAAAAUUUUCAAGUUCUAUUUUUAACCAAUAAUAAAAAAUAAUAGCCUGAA